CACAUGUCACAUGUGCUUCAUAGGAAGAACCGGGGCAUCAUCUGCUGCAAGCUGCAUCUUGAGGAGGAUGCUGCGGCAAGUGAUACACAGAGGGCUGAAAUCUUCCUUCUACUGGCUGGGUUUGUUCGUGAGCAGGCAUCCAGUGUUCUUCCUUACCGUCCCCGCAGUCCUGACCAUCAUUUUCGGAUCCACGGUGCUGAGCCGGUUUAAGCCCGAAACGGACCUGGAGAUCCUGGUCGCCCCGCAGCACAGCCUCGCGAAGAUCGAGCGGAGUCUCGCCAACAGCCUCUUCCCCAUCGACCAGUCCAAGCACAAGCUGUACUCGGACCUGCACACCCCCGGCAGAUAUGGCAGACUCAUCCUGCUGGCCAAAUCCGGGGGAAAUAUCCUGGAACUGGCCGAGCAGGUGCUCCAGGUGCACAAGAAGGUCCUGGAUAUGCGUGUCAAUUAUAAAGGCUUCAAUUACACUUUCGCGCAUCUCUGCGUCCUGAGCCACCGGGACAAGAGAUGCCUCCUGGAUGAUAUCAUCACCAUAUUCGAAGACAUUCGCUUAGCUGUUCUGUCUAACAGCACUUUUGCCAAGGUCCCCGUGAGCUAUCCGAAUACAACAUUAAAGGAUGGUCGAGUGUCCUUCAUUGGCCAUCAGCUGGGUGGCGUGGCCUUGCCUGCAAACAGCCGGGAUCAACAGGUCAAGUUUGCUCGCGCCAUCCAAAUCACCUACUACCUCCGUAACCUUGGGCCAGUGGUGCAGGACAUCAUUUCUGAGAAGUGGGAGAGUGAAUUCUGUAAGCUAGUGCACCAGCUGGCUACAGACAGCCAGGAACUACACAUCCAGUCACUUACGUCCUUCAGCUUAUGGCGGGACUUCCACAAGACAGGCGUGCUGGCCAAAAGCGAGGUACUGGUCAGCUUGGUGCUGGUGCUCCUGGCAGCCACCAUCUCCAGCUCUAUGCGGGACUGUUUGCGCGGGAAACCCUUCCUGGGCCUGUUGGGCGUCCUUACCAUCUGCAUCGCCAACGUGACGGCAGCUGGGAUUUUUUUCAUCUCUGAUGGGAAAUUUAACUCUACUCUGCUUGGGAUCCCCUUUUUUGCCAUGGGCCAUGGAACAAAAGGUGUGUUUGAGCUUCUGGCAGGCUGGAGAAGAACCAGAGAGAGUUUACCCUUCAAGGAGAGAGUGGCGGAUGCAUUCGCCGACGUGAUGGUGUGCUACACCAUGACUAGCUCGCUCUAUAUUAUCACCUUCGGCAUGGGUGCCAGCCCUUUCACCAACAUCGAAUCCGUGAAGGUUUUCUGCCAGAGCAUGUGUGUAGCAAUCUUGGUGAACUACUUCUACGUAUUCUCAUUCUACGGCUCCUGCCUGGUGUUUGCCGGGCAGCUGGAGCAAAACCGCUAUCACAGUGUCUUCUGCUGCAAGAUCCCCUCGGUGGAGUAUCUGGACCGCCAGCCCACUUGGUUCAAGACCAUGAUGAGUGACGGCCACGAUUUGUCAACGCACCACGACAGCGUACCGUACCAGAACCACUUCAUUCAGCACUUCCUAAGGGAGCAUUACACAGAAUGGAUUACCAACACCUACGUCAAGCCAUUUGUGGUUAUCCUCUACCUGAUUUAUGCCUCCUUUUCUUUCAUGGGAUGUUUACAAAUCAGCGACGGCUCUAACAUAAUUAAUCUGCUAGCUAGUAAUUCGCCCAGUGUGUCAUUCGCCCUGACCCAACAGAAAUACUUUAGCAACUACAGUCCAGUGAUCGGGUUUUACAUCUACGAACCUAUUGAGUAUUGGAACGCCACGGUACAGGAGCACCUCAAGACACUGGGCCAGGGCUUUAAUAAGAUUUCAUGGAUCGAUAAUUACUUUCACUAUCUGAGGGUCGUGAAUGUCAGUGCGUCAACCAAAAGUGAUUUCAUCAACAUCCUCAAGACUUCUUUUCUGAGGAGCCCAGAAUAUCAACACUUUGUGGACGACAUAAUUUUCUCCAAAAACGGAGACGAGUACGACAUCAUUGCGUCCAAGAUGUACUUGGUGGCCAGAACGACCGAGAAGACCAGGGAGGAGGUCGUGGAGCUGCUGGAGAGACUUCGACCUCUCUCGCUCAUAAACAGCAUCAAGUUCAUCGUUUUCAAUCCGACGUUCGUGUUCAUGGACCGCUACAGUUCCUCCAUCAUCUCCCCCAUCCUAACGUCGGGUUUCAGCGUGCUCACUAUUCUCAUCCUCACCUUCUUCCUGGUCAUUAACCCACUGGGGAACUUCUGGUUGAUUUUGACUGUCACCUCCGUGGAACUGGGUGUCUUGGGUCUCAUGACACUCUGGAAUGUUGACAUGGACAGCAUCUCAAUCCUGUGCCUUAUUUAUACUCUCAACUUUGCCAUGGAUCACUGUGCCCCCCACCUCUACACGUUCGUACUGGCCACUGAGCAUACGCGGACUCAGUGCAUCAAGAUCUCUUUAGAGGAGCAUGGGGCCGCCAUUUUGCAGAACACCUCGUGUUUUGUAAUUGGGAUAAUGCCUCUUCUCUUUGUGCCUUCUAACCUGACCUACACACUGUUCAAGUGCUCCCUUCUCACAGCAGGCUGCACAGUGCUGCACUGUUUCGUCAUCCUACCGGUGUUUUUGACAUUCUUUCCACCCUCUAAGAAGCGGCACAAGAAAAAGAAACGCGCCAAACGGAAAGAGCGGGAAAGAGAGAGGGAGCGGGAGAGGGAGAGAGAGGAAAUCGAGUGCAUCGAAGUCAGGGAAAACCCAGACCACGUGACCAAUGUUUGAUUGAAAGAUGUGUAUGAACGUAAGUGGUAAGAAAUCAGCUCCCGUACACCAGGGGGCGACAUCAGGCAGCACUUCACAGAUCCAGAGGUGGCCAAGUAUGGCACUCUCGCCCCUGGGGUGACCCUUGCGACCCCAGCAAUCAACAACAGUGCUGUCCAGAGUUAAAAACCCCUUCUCACUCAUUUCUUGUGUACCCUUUGUCUAGAACAGUGUAUAACAUCUGCAGCUGCUAGCCUAUGUUAGCCGUUAAUGAAAGGUUUGCGAAGGAAGGUUGUCUGUAUACAUGAACUAAUACAAAAGACCUAAAUAGAAGGCCUCCAAAAAUGUUAUGAGCAUGAAUCUAAGCAGAUGGAUUCCUGCUUAUUUUCGAUCUCUAGUGGUAUCCCCAAGGGUAUUCAUAUAUGUUUUGUAAGAGCAGAUAUCACAACAAGUCCAUUUGCUCUUUUCUAGCACCUACACAAUUCUGUUUGAUCACUCUGUGUUUUUCGAAAUGUUAUGCACCUCACGUUCCUCCAGCCUUGUGCUUACAUAAUUAAUCAAGACCAACUCUGUUUAAAAAUAACUAUGUGAAAAAUAGUAGCGAAAGGAAGUAGCAGUUUUCAGCGUCCAUCAAAUUAUGCAGCACUCUCCUACAAAUAACCCUUGGCAUGCAUUUAUCACAAAUGUCCUGUAGCAAAUCUAAUAGUGUGUUUGCAGUUUCUCUGGUAGCAGUUAUUUAGACAUAUUCACUGAGACUCCCCCAGAGAGGUCCCACCUUAUACCUGGAAAAUAUCCUCCAAGCAAAGCAUUAAUGGUCAGUAGAAUGAAACAUUAAGAAUUGUAAAAGGGGGUUUUCUCCUUUAAAUGUUCAGUGAAAGUAGAUUUGUCAAAUCUGACAUUUUGCUGAUAUUCAGACUGUAAUUUGUCUUACUCUUCCGGGUAAAUAAACAGUCUCUGAAGGUGCAUUGUGUGGAGACCACCGACAUGAAUCACUAAAAUGUUUUGCAUAUAAUAUUAAACUGCAUAUGCCAUUUAAAAAAGGUUUUCCAAUACACCCAAGUGGCACAUUCAUGAGAAAAGAGACUUGUAGCAUGUCUUAAAGUUGCAUUGAUAUGAUCUGUUUGUUUACUUGCUUGUGUGUUUGUUUGUUACAAAACCACAAAUCUGGUCAUGCACCUGUUCGUGUAGUUAAACUGAGCAAUGACAAAGAUGGGAAAGGUUUCCUUUCUGUUGUUUUGUUAUUUUGCACAUUAGGCAGAUUCACUGAUGGCUGUCGUCUAAAAAUAUACAGUAUGUGUCAAAUCACAAGAGUAGAUAUUGUUUUUGAGUGUAGCAUGUGUUUUGUCUGUAUUUGUGUGUUUUUGCGGAGAUGAGCAGUGCAGAUGGUAUACACUGUGCUCAUGUUGAAGACAUAUCUUGCACAAAUCAAUAUAUCACGGUACAUUCUGGUGGAAAUGAGUAUGUCUGUUAUGUUAGAAGUGUCGGUUCUCUUGUGCACAGGAAUAUUUGGCAUUGCACCAGGUGAUGUUGUGCAUUAGCAAAGUAGUCGAUCCAGACAGUUUUGAUCUGUGAGUUAUUUUAUGUAUCACAAAUACAUAUAGCACCAGUCGGACCUGUUGGUAGCUCUAAAGAUGCAACACAAAAGAUAAUAUGGAAAAUGUAAAAAAAGGAUACUUUGCCCAAAAAUAGUUUACUCACUCUCAUGUCAUUCCAACCAUAUGACUUUCUAUUUUCUGCAGAAUACAUGUUUCCAAGAUGUUUUUGUCAAUACAAUGAGGUCCAAAAUGGAACAAAAUGAGGUUGAGUAAAUAUUGACAGAAUUUACAGAAUAAUUGUUGGGUGAACUGCCCUUUUAAUGUGAAAUUUCUGGAAUGAACUGUGUAGAUGGAGGCAAAAAUCAGCAGCUCUUUGCUUUUUGCCAGUCUUAUUCUCCCCACGCCUGCAUCCCGGAAGCAUUUUGGCUAAUGUUCUAAUAGUCACAAAUUAAAAAUAUUUAGUAUAAAUAUUUCAUCAAACUAUGAUUGUCCUAAUCAAUAGUGUAUAGGUGUAAUCAAAGUAAUUAUAUCCUUAUCUCAUGCAGCAACAAACUGUUCUCAUGCUUGCCAUGUUUCCAUUGGUUCAGUUGUAGAUUCGAAUGGAUUCUAAGUCAGUCGUUGUAAUGUAUGCCUCAAAAUAGACUGCCUACCAAAAAAAGUAGAAUUUGAACCCAAAAAUGUUUUUUAGAAAUACGGCUAGCUUUUGUCCUGCUGUGUAUACUGUACACAUUUCAUGAUCAUUGGACUGUUCGAAACGCAUGUGGUAGCCAGAGCCUUACUGAUCCAGUCAAACAGCUGGGUUCAUUGAGAGUCAUUCCAAAGGCAGAUGGCCUCUCACUGGGGAAGAUUUCGUUGACUAGAGUUUACUUGAGAGGUUGAGAUACAUAGACCAAAUGUUUGCUACAAAAAAGUCCAUUAGAAACAAUAAAAUGCUUCAUGUACAGUAAUAGUCUUAAUUUUUCAUUGACUGUUUAAAUGUGACAAGAGUUAGGCACAUCAAGGCCACCGUGUUUAGAUGCUACAUUCCAAACCCAGUAGAUUUCAUAAAUAUUAGUCAAUCAAUCUUUUAUGUACUUUGUCUAAUAUCAGUGGCAUCCCCAUAUUUUGUAAGAGCUUAAUAAUUUGUGUUGGAAGAGGGCAUGGAAAUUAAAUCUAAGAAGACAAGAGAUGCAUAAUGAAAAUGAUAAAAAAAAAACAUAUACUUCCCCAAAUAACUGUGUAUGCAUGUAUUGUAUGUAUGCAUGUAUUUGGUUAGUGUGUGUAUUUUUCCCCUGACUUUUGAGAGCUGUAGAUGCUGGAGUGGACACUUUGUUUUAAUGCAUACUUGAUACCAUCUUCAGAAAUUUGCGUUUUAAUUUUUUUUCUGGUGUGCUUUAGGCCAGUAUGAAAAAUUAUGAAUUGUAAAAUAAAUGUACAGUAUAGAAUUUUCUAAUUUUUUUAAAGAAAUGAGAGGUGGGAAUUUUUUUUAAGAUGAAGGUCAUCAUGUUAUUAUAAAAAGCAAUAAAGAACAAAAAAAGGAAUAAAAUAAAUUCUAAACUCAUUAAGCCAGGAAUAACGUAUGAAAUGUUACUUACAUCCUCACAGGUCAGUUCUUGCCACGCUACACAGUUUGAUCUUUUGUUGUUACUCAAACUAGUAGUUUACAUGAAGAACCACAAUGUAAUUUUGCAGGACAUGACAUCUCUCCCAGCAAAAUCCAUUUCUUUAUACAUUAGGUGGAAAACACUGAAUCUUAAUUAGAAAUCUUAAUUAUAAUGCAAUGUGUAGACAUAGGUAUAGAGAGUUUGUAAAAGAAUUACUAAAUAUAUUGCUAGAGCUAUUAAAAAUGCCAAAUAACUAUGUUGACAAUUCAGGACAAUUAAUUACGUUCUAAUUAAAUAACCCAGCUGAGUUGGUGACUGCUGGUCAUAUCAAAUUAAGGCUGUAUAAAUGAAAAUCUGCAUAUUGUUCCUUUUGUUGUGAUGCAUGUUCUUGGAUCAGACCAUAAAUCACUUAGUCGACAUUUUUAUUAUCUGCUUUAUUUAACUUCAAAGUGGCCCACAAAUCAAAGUCAACACAAAGUCACCACCGUUUUCAGUGAAACUACAGACUUCAGGCUCGCAGCAAUGUAUUCUGAGGGCCAUAAAUCAAAUAUGCACUUUUGGGCUCAAAUCAUUUUGACAACAAGCAUGCCAUAUUAGAUUUCAUGAGCUAAGACUGUGAAUCAUUGCUAAAAAGAAUUAGUCAUUUUCAUUACAGGGGACUCAUCUUGCUAUACCCCAUUUUUUGCAAAUGCAAUGUCAGAGGUCAAUCAAGAAACAGAUACUUUUACCGUUUUACUGCUCUGUGAAGGAGGAAUAUAACUUGCUCAACAAUAAUAUUUCUAAUAUUUAAAAGCUCAUUAAAAAUCAGAUCAACUUCUAAUUAUAUAAAAAAAUAAACAUUUGAACAGAUUUAAUUGAAUAUCCUUCAUAUUCCUAAACACCAUUUAUUACACGAGCAGUGAAUACUGUAUAUCACUGUUAUUUUGUUUUUAAAGGUUGUCCUAAUUAGUCAAUGUUUUGUCAUGGGAUUUGCUGUUUAGAAUGCAAAUAACAGUGUUUCUGUUGUGUAUAAUUUCAACUGUAUUUUACAUUGCCAAGGACAAAAACACCUUUUUAAUACAGAAAAACAUACAAUAUUGUGCAUUCAAGGUGAUGAUAAAACGGAUAUCAAUCAGCUUUAUAGCAGACACCAAUGUGUACUAUUUUACAUGAUCAGGUCAUUAAUACAACAGAGCAAUAAUAAGACAAAAAGCGCAUACCUGCAUGUUGUUGUUUCCCCUCUGGUGCAAGGAUUUUUCAGACUCUGUCAGGGUCCAAAAUUAACACUUUUAUAAUUAAAUUCGGUGCAAUUCUGUAAGGUGAUCUUGAGCUUGGCAAGGGCACUAACUAUAUCAGUAUUCUUUCCCCCCUCUUUAACAGAAAAUGCAACUAAUCUGGCUUUGAUGGCUUAAUAAAUCAGUUCAAUACUUCAACAAAGUACACAUAUUUCUCCUAUCUGUAUUUCUACUAAUUAUUGCCAUU